AUGUUGGUCUUAAUGAAAAGAAGCACAUAUGAAAAGGAGAUGCAAGAAUACAUUAAUGAUACGAGAUGCGUCGUACAACCCAACAACGUUAUUGACAAACUACACAGUAAGAUCAAACGCUUCUCUAACUCUAAACUGGCUUCUACGUUAGGAAUGCGGGAUAUUGUAAUGGACGCACCUGAUACGCCCAAACUUUUCGCGCUUGCUAAAACGCAUAAGCAGGGACACAAAUUGAGACCUGUGGUUGAUAAGGCCACGGCCCCUACUCGCAAAUUGGAAGCAUUUAUGCACGAUCUCAUCUCUCCUAAGUUACAGGAUUACCAAUACUCAAUCUCCGAUCCUGUUGAGUUAAUAGCUUGCCUCAAAAACACCGAAAAACCUGCGUACAUCUCUGUUAUGGAUUUCCGUGCUUUAUAUCCCUCCAUCCAAUUACCACCAUGUUUUUGCGCACUCAGAGAUUUUCUAUUCCGUAACGUUUAUCACCAGGAGUUACACCAGCAAGUACUUGAACUAGCACAUUUGAUCUGCUACAGCUCUAUUUUUCAAUUUGGUGGAACUACAUAUGCGCAGGGCAGAGGCGUACCUAUGGGAAGUGCGGUCUCAGGCGACCUUUGUGAACUGGUAAUAAGACAGCUGGAGGAUAAAAUAAUACCUAGUUUCUCCCACGACAUCUUAUUAUAUAAGCGAUACAUAGACGACAUCAUUAUUUUGUGGAGAAACGACCCAGACAUCAACCACUUUAUUAAUCAGAUGAACGACAAUCCUUAUGGCCUUACCUUAGAGCUGGAGCAACAUAGUAAUAAAGAUGUACAUUUUCUUGAUUUGAGCAUUGCGUUUGGGGGAGACACCUUGGAAACUUCUGUUUAUCGCAAAGCUUGUCACUACCCAAUGUAUAUCCCAGCGAACUCCUGUGACCCAUUCAGAUAUAAAAUGGCGGCUUUUAAAGCACUGGUUAAGAGGGCCCACACCCAUUCUUCAACUCAGGAGGCAUUAGUUCAAGAGGUGAACUAUCUACUUAACAUCGCCGGUCAGCAAGGAUUCUAUAACAUUGUCCGUAAAUUAGCCCAACAAUACAGCGUUGGCCUACCAUCGCCACAGAAGGGGAAUACUAUGGAACAAGACCGACCCAUCACAAACGUCACAUACAACCCCUUUCUCGUAUCCUUAUACCAAAAAAUCGCUAAAAAACAAGGAUUACGACUGUCGUUCAGAAGAUGUCUGUCUAUGUUUAAGCUUUUACGCAAUGAAAAAGAUAAACCACACAACAAACAAAGAUAA